GAGAUUCCCCGACGGCUGCUAGAACUUGGAAUCAUGUGAUAUCAAAAUUACAAGUGAAGUUGGAAGGGUGGAAAGCGAGGUUCCUGUCACUUGGCGGGAGAAUCGUUCUUUGCAAUUCUGUCUUGUCGAGCCAACCCAUUUUCCGCUGUUCGCUUUUUUCAGCUCCAAAGAAGGUGAUUCAGGAGAUUGAAAAGCUACAGCGUGUGUUCAUUUGGGAGGGGAACUGUGACCAACGGAAAUUGCAUCUCGUUGGGUGGGAGAAAUGUAAAGCGCCUAAAAAGUGGGGCGGUCUGGGAAUCAUGGAUCUUAAUAUGCAGAAUAAGGCGCUGAUCUGUAAAUGGUUAUGGAGGUUUACUCAAGAGCAGGAUAGUUGGUGGAAGAUCUUGAUCAAGGAGAAGUUUUCGGAUAGUGGAACAAAGUGGUUCAGUGGUGGGAUUUCGGGAUCUCUGGGUUGUAGCGUUUGGAGCCAAAUUAUUAAGGAAAAGGCAGUCUUUUGGAGAUUUGCACAGGUCAAACCGGGCUCAGGGGAGGACACUUCCUUUUGGCUGGACUACUGGAGGGGAGAUCGUUCAUUUGCUGAGGAGUUCCCGCGUAUGGCUGCUGCCGCUGUUUCCCCCCUCGCUUCGAUCCGCGACCUGGCCCAUGUUUCUAUUGAGAGUGUUCACUGGGAUAUACCUUUUAGAACCUCGUUUCGAGGUGGGGUUGAGAGGGAAAGGGAGAGAUUUUUUGAUAUUCUUAAUACUUUGCCACCAUCUGUUUUCUCCACAGGUUCAGACUCAGUGGUUUGGCAGGCGGCCGACAAAUUCAGCGUGCAUUCCUUGUAUUGCUGUCUAGUGAAGGAGAAGUAUGAGCAACCAGAUGAUUAUCCGUACAAGCUCAUUUGGCAAGCGUGGAUUCCGUCCAAGAUCUGCACCUUCCUGUGGAUCGUUCAUCAACGAAAGAUACUCACCCAUGAUUCCCUGAAGAAAAGAGGAUGGAGUUUCCCCAGCAGGUGUGUCAUGUGCGCAGCAAGCGAAGAAGACGCGAACCAUCUGUUUCUCCAUUGCAGUUUCGCUGUUAGAGUGUGGAACAUCAUUGGAGCUUUCGUUCAUUCCGCCAGAGGUACGGGAAGCAUAACUCAAGUCAUCAACAACUGGCCUCGUGGAAAGCCCGCCAAUCCCAAAGAGUGGUGCACCUCGACUCUCCUCCACGCUUUGUGUUGGAGUCUGUGGAAGGAAAGAAAUCGCAGGAUUUUUGAUGGGGUGGCCAACACAGAAUUUGGAAUCGCCUUCAGGAUUGGUAGUCUCAUUGCGUUGUGGUUGGCGGUCGCGGGGAAGGUUGAUAUAAAGGCUGCCGAGGAAUGGCUUCGGGUCUUGAAGAGCAGAACUGUCGAUGGUGGUUUGAACCCAGAAUUGGCAGGGGCUACUGUUCCUUAAUAUUAUCAGGCUGGGCGGCCUUCCCCCGUCUCGUUUCUUUUUGUUUUCUUUCUCCUCCUUCAGCGGCAGUGUUGCUGUCCUAAUUAGGUGAUGUUAGUUGGAAGUUUUGGUCCGCUGGAGCUCCCCUGUCUGUCCUUUCUGUUUUUGUUUCCUUCUGUAUUUUUUGCCCUUGUAUUUCUUCUGAAUCAAUGUCAACCUUAUCAAAAAAAAAAUUAAAAAAAAAAAUGAAACCUAUCAAUUAGUUAAUGACCAAACCCAAAAUAUUUAACUAAUUAUAUGGGGACCAUUUACUAUGCUAACCCUACAGGAGUUAGCACCAUACUAAUCAUGACUUGUACUAGUCCAUGUCAUAGUUGUAGUACUACAAUUGCAAAAAACGUUGAGUACUACCGUCAAAACAAUGACUCCAAUUAUAAAUGCGUCAGAUUCAUAAUCCUACAACUUAAAACCACGACUAUAACGACAAAAAAAUAACCACAAUAAUUACAAUUAUAAUAGUACUACUAUUAUUUACAAUUAGCAACAAGGUUGUCAAGCCAAUAUCCGGUCGGGCUAUUCAAUCUAACCGAACGAAACCGAUCAUAUGAAUGAGAAUCAUCGAGUAUUAUUUAUAAAUAAAUUGAUUUUUAGAUUUCAACUUAGAGAAUCGGGGCUUAAAGUUUAUCCACUAAAGGUUAGAGGAUAAU